AUGGUCAAGAUCACCAUGCACUAUCGCCUCUCUGAAGAGUUUGUGAACCCGGAAAAUGGCGAAUUGGAAGUGCUCUACAGCGAACGGCGGAUGGCGACUGUGCCUUACCUCGUCCACCCUCUGGCCGACCCUGAUGAAAGGCUCAAUCGCAUCAUCACGGUGGCUAGAGUUCAGUUUGAGGAUCGUAUGGAGCACGCUAGGUUCAACAACAGCCUGCAAAAGUUCGAGGGCUUCUUGUCCUUCCAGAUCUUCACAACUCCCAGCAGGGAACUGGCACAGUUGCCUGCAGCUCCAGGUCAAGACUUCCACGGUGGCUGCUGGAAGGAGCUUCCCUUGCUCCUUCGGAAAGGAAACCAGGGACUGUGGUCGCCCAAGAACCAGGACAACAUGUGCUUUCGCUAUUGCGUCAUGGCACACAUCAUGGGCUGCGCUGUCUGGAGCCGUAAGGAUCGGAAGACAGCUGCCCAGUGCAAAGGACGGCCUUUCUACGAUCGUCCCCCAUGGCGGCCCUCGAAUGCUCAGCGCGCGCUGCCUCCUGUUGACGUGUACGUUGGCGAGCAAGUCGUCAACUUUGACGUCCUUCAGGAGGGCUCUGAGGUGACCCUUGCCGACAUCGAGAAGUUUGAGCAGGCCAACGCCGGACUGAUAGAGGUGUUUGUGUACCAGUGGUCAACCAUUCCUUGGCUGAAUGAUGACUUCCAGAAGCACCUGGCCGAGCGAGUCUGCUCUCAGCAGCCGGGAAAGCGGACGGCGCCUCCUAUGCAGAUGCCUGAUGCUGAAAAGGGGGCAGACAGGCUUCACUACAAGGCCGCAAACUCGGCAGCUUUGCACCCCUGCGUCGUGUACGCGGACUUUGAGGUCUUCAACGACAGGGCGCCUGAGCAGAUCUCCGGUCACAAGGUCCUGUCCAAGCAACAUCGUGUGGCUUCGUUCGCGUAUCAGGCUGUGGGGCGUGCUGGCUUUGAGGUGCCUCUUGAGCAUCGCAUCAAUCUGAAGCGAUCUGGCUGUGAGGAUGGAGAGUUUGUCAUCGUGGAGUACCUCUUGCGGAGUUUGUUGGACCUCGCCCACCAUUACAAGCAGUGGCGUUCGUGGACAAACAAACCUUGCCAGAUGACUCAGGAAGAUGAGGACCGCUUCUUCGAGGCCUUGGAGUGCGAGAUAUGUGGCGCAGCCUUCGACCUCAAGAACCGGAAGGUGCUGCAUCACGAGCACGGCACUGGAAAGUUCCUGGCCGCCGCAUGCAACUCUUGCAACCUUGCCAUCAGGCUGCCGAGCCUCAUUCCAGUCUACUUUCACAAUGGAGCCUCUUACGAUUUCCACUUCAUCCUCCGCUACCUAGCCCACGUGCGUGGGCGGCAGAACUCCGUGGACCAUGACGCCGAGGGCAUUGAGGGUGAGGCGUCUGAGAGCGAGGAGAUUGAGGAGGCGGCUGAGGAAGACUUCGAUCCCUGGCGUUGCGACCUCUCCAAAAUCAGGCUGGAUGUGCUCGUGAAGAGAGGCGAACAGUGCUUGACGGUUCGCUUCGGGCCUUUGAGGUUUGUGGACUCGACCAACAUAUUUCCAGCCGGGCUGUCAAAGCUGAUCGAGGACUGCAAGACCAGCUGUCGGGGGCGCGAUCCUGGCGAGGCCUUUCCACUCUUGGCUGAGAGGCACCCGCUUUUUGCUGCGGCUCAGAAGCAAGCGCAUCCCUUCUUUAUGGCGCUGCAGAGGCGCGUGCCGGAAUGGAGAGCGAAGGUCUGGGAGCUCCUCCUGAAGAAGAUUCCGAUGCCGUUUGAUGUGUUGACUGGUCCGGAGUGCUGGAACUGGCCGGCGCUGCUGCCCCAGGAAGCCUACGACAGCGUCCUCACGGGCGAGAGAUGCUCCGAUGAGAAGUAUGCCGAGAUUAGGGAGAUUGUGGAAUUCUUCGGCUUCGCCACGUUUGGAGAGUUCCACGAUGCCUACCUCCACACCGACAUGGCGCUGGCAGAUGUGUUGGAACAUUACAGGGAGACGUUUUAUGAGCACUUCAAGCUGGAUCCCUGUCAGUAUAUCACACACGCUUCUGCCAGUUACGAUGCCAUGUUGCGCUUGUGUUGCCCUCGUGCAGAGCGGAGUCUCGGCAUCAUGACGGAUCGGAGGGUCUACGAGCUCGCCAAGUGCAACAUCAGGGGAGGUCUCGGUCACAUCGCGCAGCCCUUUGCCAAGGCUAACAAUCGCAACGUCUCCGGCUUUGAUGCUUCCUUGGAAACGUCUUGGAUCCAGUUUUACGACAUCAACAGCAUGUACCCCUCCAUCAUGGCAAAGCCUUUGCCUGUGGACGGGGGCCUAUGGAUCGAUCUUCCCAGCGAUAAGAAGCAGAGACUGCGCCGUCUCAACGCCCUCUUCGACGUGGUGGACUACAACAGGGAUGGCGAGGAGGUUUGCUACAUGGUGGAGGUGACCUUUGACGUUGUUUCGGAGACGCCAAAGCUGGUUCCCUUCUUGGGCACUCACGUGAAGGAGGCCGUAGAUCUGCGCUAUCUCAAGUUCAUCAUGGAACAGCUCGGAGCGCGCGUCUUUGAUUUUCACAGUGCUGUGAUGUUCAAGUGCGCGCCCUUCAUGCAGAACUUUGUCCAUCAGACCGUGCGAACUCGCCGCGAGCUCAAGAAAGUUGGCCGAGCGCUUCAAGCUGAGGUACAGAAGCUCACCGGCAACGUGCAGUAUGGCAAAAUGGUUCAGAAUCAGGAGGCCUUCAGGUCCACAAAGGUCUACACUGACGCUCUGAAGUUUCAGAAGAAGGCCGCAGGGCCUAACAUGCUCGACAUUCAUCCCCAGAUCAUGGAAGAGCAGGCCUUCCUUGCGUUUGUGGACACGAAAAAAGGUGGCGCGGCCAAUGUGUUGAAGUCCUUCCUUCAAGGCGGUUGGAAGGUGCUGGAAGAGUCAAGGCUGCUGAUGAUGAGGGCUCACUAUCGGAUCCGGCAGAUCUUCGAUGGGCACCUCAUGAAGAGCGUGGAUCCUGUCCUGGGCAAUGAGAGCUUGAAGCCCGAACAGAGCAAAGUGCGGUGGCUGGGCGGCGACACGGACAGCAGCGUCACGCAGAUCUUCAGCGAGUUGGAUCCGAAGAUCGCUCUGGCGGAGGCUAAUCUGCUUGGAGGACGCCCGUUCUUCGAUGUGGCUGGAGAUGCGAAGGGCGCUGAGUUGACGCAACAUCUCGCUCCUCUUAGCCAGGCCGCGCAUGAGCUUGCCUUGCAGGAGGCUGGCGCUCUCGGCAACUUCUCGGACGAGCUUGCGCCGCACUAUGGCGAGGAAUGGGUCGGACUGGCUCCCAAGAUGUACUCGCUGAAGAAGUCUGGAGGCGGGGACAAGGAGCGGGCAAAGGGAGUUCCGAAGAACGAACGCAAGCGGCUGAACCACGAGAAGUACAAGGAGAUCCUGGAAGUGGGAGGCGAGCACAAGGUGAGCUUCUGUCGCUUGGGCUGUGCCCGCCAUGUGAAUGAAGUGAUCAAAGUGGAGAAGCGGGGCCUCACGGCCUUGAACACAAAGGUUUGGCAGUUGAACGCCCAUCAGGCCCGGCCUCUGGGGCACUACAAGAACAACGAGGUUUGGGCUGCCUGCUGGGAGGCACUGCAGAAGGGGCAGACGGGUUUCGAGCAACAGUCAAACCAGGCCGCUUUCCACAUCAUGAACCACAUCCUGACUUUCAUCGCUGGUGACAUGGGCUUCCUGCAUCGUGAGAUCUCGCAGGGCAAGUUCAAAGGGAGGCUUUUCAACUUGAGCUACCUCAGGUCGGAAGAGGAGUUGCGUGACUAG